GUAUCAAAUACCUUUCGAAAGUACAACUCCUCCACCAUGGAAUAUUCAGCUCCUAGCACUAAAGAGGAUGAUAGCAACUGGUUGAUGGACAUUGUGGCUGCUCGAAAUGGUCAGCCACAUGUGCUCCCCAUGAGACAGAUUCAUGUGCAUGGGGAUGGCAACAGCAACAGGGCCAACGAAGCUACACAAGAUGAGCGAUUUAUCAUGAAGGUUGUUUCAGAGCGGCUAGAGAGACAACAGCUGCCUUGUGGCCAAGGAGCGACAUGCCACGAUGAAGCGCAUCCAGCAAAGCAAAGAGGUGAGUCAGCUGGCAACUCUUUGGGUUUGGCCUUGGCUCCGCACAUGAUAGGCGUGGGCAUCUGGCACGAAAGAACUAUGAGUCAACCCGGGGCCUAUGCUGAACCCGGCAUUCGAUGCACGUUCAUGGUUGAAGCUUUGUCAUCGUCACCAAUUUCAGACGACGACGAAAGUGCCCAGGCAAGCUGCAUCGAUACAGAUACAGAUACAGAAACCGCAGUCGACAGUUCCGGCACCAGUGGGAGUGGCUUGGCCGUUGCUGAGUUGGUAGAACAUUCCAUGGGACCUCAAGGUCUGCAACUUGCUCAACCAUACAUUGAAGAGGAAAAAAGGAAAACUCAGAUUCCACAGGUCAAGAAACUACCAACUAUCCUCUGUGUGGGUGCCAUGCUGUGGGCAGCAGUUGCUGUGCCAGCAGUGACUAUUUGGGUUUCAAAAAGCAAGGGAUCAGUCAUCAAGAGCAUGGAAGAACCAUUAGUGGUUCCUUCCGAGGCCCCAGCCAUUUCUCCUGAAGUGUACAUUUUGUCUUUGUUGGAUGAAAGAACCAUCAUAUCCCUCGAAGACCCAGACUCACCUCAGUCCAAGGCAUACCAGUGGCUAAUACAAGAUUUCGUACCAUCCUACUUAGACGACCGCAUCAAGCAAAGGUUCGCCCUUGCCACGCUGUUCUUUUCAGCUGGUGGCGAUGAAUGGGAUGAUAACACCCAUUGGCUCAACCACACUGUGCAUGAAUGUGACUGGUUCAAUUCACCAGAUUUUGCAAGGAAAGCAGAGUUAUCCAAGCUGUAUCCUGGAUCCUAUGCAGGCUUUUUGGAACCUCUCCCAUCUUCUCAAUGCAGUGAUGAUGGCUUCUACCAACAUCUUUGGCUCGACCAGAAUAACCUCCUUGGCUCACUACCAGAGGAGCUGUACAUGUUGACUUCAUUGCAGACAAUCUCAAUGGGUUGGAAUCAACUUGGUGGAACCAUUUCAAACAAUGUUGGAAAGCUUACAGCAUUGGAAGGACUGUUUCUACAGAGAAUGCAUCUAUCAGGUACCAUUCCCACAGGCAUCAGCUUGCUGCCAAACUUGGUUGUUCUUGGUUUGAGUAGUAACAAUCUGGAAGGAGACAUUCCUUCAGAUUUCUGGAAGCUCGCCAAUCUGAGAGAUGUUAGCUUGAGGCGGCUACACCUCAAGGGCACCAUAUCCACAGAGAUUGGUGCUCUUUCCAAGCUGAGAGAGUUUUUGGUGGCUGAGAGUGGCCUCUCUGGUACAAUUCCGACGGAAGUAGGGCACCUAAAAGCUCUUGAAUCCCUUGGGUUGUAUAACAGCAGAUUUUCAGGAAGUCUUCCAAGUGAGCUGGGCCAGUUGAAGGUGCUUUCAGGCUUCCGUUUCAACCACAACUUGUUCAAUGGCACUCUUCCAACAGAAUUGGGUCUUGCCACAUCUCUGGUAAACAUUGUUGGGCAGGAAAAUCAAUUUUCUGGCCAGAUACCCAGUGAGUUUGGUCUUCUCUCAAAUCCAGAUAUGAUCAUAGACUUCCAAGACAACUUCCUCACAGGCACCAUCCCAACUGAGCUUGGGCAGACCAAGGUCAAGGACCUGGAGUUCCAGAACAACCAGAUAUCCGGCCAGAUUCCCUCAGAGUUUGGAGAGCUCAGCUCUCUAGGAUUUUUGAAUCUUGCCAAUAACUUAUUAUCUGGGACGCUUCCAGAAGAACUAUCUUUCCUGCAGCAGUCUCUCUAUGGGAUAGCUUUGGAAGGGAAUCAGUUGCUUUCUGGGUCUAUUCCUGCAAGUCUCUGUACUCUUAAUGGAACCUGCAGCAAUGGUGGUUGGGAUCCAUGCAGGGCUGGUUUGUCAUUUGACUGCAGUGCUACCGGUAUGCUUUGUGGCUGUGGUUGUUCCUGUCUGGAUCGGCCUGGACACUAA